AAGCAAUCGGCAGCAAUCAGGGUAGGAUAGUUUUUUUUCUUCUUCUCGAGAUAUUAAAAUUUUUAAUUAAUUUCUGACUUUCUACACCUUUAUUAUUUAAAUUAAAAAACAAGUAGACGAGCAGUCAUAAACUGCGGAAACAUGUCUUUGGUGUUGAUUGAGCCGGACAAGGUAGAUGAGGUGAAAGAGAACAAAGUAAAGUUUGAAGAGGAAGGGCCGAUGGAGGUGGAUGUUGAGGAGGGCGACGAAUUAUCAGGGGUCGUCGAUGCUAGCCAAUUGUGCAAGGCAGAAAUCCCCGACGCAUCAGUUGUUCAUAUCGUGAACAAUGAGAUGGACGCUUUCCUCAGCACUUUACAAGACGACGACAUUCAAAUGUUCGGUGGACGAAGGAGUGAUGCGGCAUUUAAACGGAAAGACAUAGGUGAAGAUGACGACAGUUCUUCUAACUCUGGGUCUGAUUACGAGUCCGACGAAGGGAGGAAGUCACGUUCACGACCAAGUAAAAAUAAGAAGUGGAAGGAUGCGGAAGAAGAAGAACCAUGUUCGUCGGGCAGUCUGGGUCGCCGCCCUUCGGUUGCUGUGGGUGGAGAACGGAAGGACUUGUUAAACACCUCGUCCUACAGGCGGAGAGAAAAGCAAGAUCAUUGUCCUCCUGCAGCACCAAUCAAAACAAAACUUGGUCGAAACCCGGAAGCUGAAAUUGAAGAUGCUUCAAUUCCUGUAACGGAGGAAGAAAGACUUUUUUCCGAGGCUGAUGUGAAACUGGCUUGUGCGGCACUCAAGACUAAUGAAAUUAUGCCUAAAGCGGAUAUAACAUCCCCCUUGCCAUUGAAGAGAUUUACUGGGUCCAUCGUGUCAACUAUGAUGCGAACAUUGCACAUCUCCAAAGAGGCCACAAUCCGUCAGUACGAUGGAUUGAAGCGGAUUGACACCCGAGUUCUGACACAAUCUGGCGAUGAACGAAAUCAAGCGAUGUCGCUGCACGAAAUGAAACAAUCAAUACCUAUCUUUCUCAAUGGAAUUUUGAAAGCGGAGCAUCUCGUGUACAUCGCGAGCUGUGUGGAUGCUAAGGCCCGGCUUGACAACAAAAAGUGGCUGAUCGAGCUGGCAGACGUGUUCUUGCAUAAUCAAAAGUAUGAAAUGUUGGAGUUUUGCACCAGGACCGCUGGUAUUGCCCCGUUUCCAUACGGGAAGAAGACCAGGUCAAUUGAUUGCCUUGAAUUUACGCACAGGCUGCGAGAAAUCAAAAACAUGAUGAAGAUGGAUCUGUACAAGUUGGCCGGCUCGGGAAGAGUUGUCGCGAUGCAGAUCAAUGAAGCAACGGCCAAUAUGCAAUCAGUAAAGACACAAAAAUAUGAACUUUUGGAAAAGUUUCAGGAAUUAUAUCUCAGGGAGAACUUGAACGAUGCCAAAUUCGAUGAGAUGAGCAUCACUGGAAUCAGAGGGGUGAAGAUGAUGAUGGAGCCUCCCUACUUCAAAACUGAAGACGGAAUGUUAGCAUUUGAAUUUCCAAAUGCUAAUCGUAAUGCUCAGAAGAACCACAUGCCUUUUCCCAUUCGGAAACAAAAGUGGACGUCUAAGGAUUUGAAAGCCUUAAAACAAGCUAUUAAAGAAUGUGUCGUUUCACAACGGAUUGAUGACUUAAACGGCCGUUAUGCGGAGCUUUUAUUGGAGUCGGACAUGCGUCGAAAGGACGAACUGUGUCGAGAAGGAAAACUAGUCGAUGAAUUUAACCAGCCUCCUCGGAAACGAAGGCGUGGACGACCGACCAAGGAGGAAACUAUGAGACGUGACAAGUAUGGGAUUGUUUAUCCAGUCCUGUUUCGUACACCGAAUCACACAGUUGCGUACGAACUGCUGCCCAAACAGCUCAGCGAGUGGAGAACCAUGAUGGAAAACCGCCUGCGAAACAUGAACUUUGACACGUUGAUGAAAGACAAAAAUAACGACGAUCUGGUCGAUUGGGAUGAGGUUUCUCUGAAAAUGAUGUCUCGGACAAAGAAAUUGCGGUCUGAUGAUGAUUGCAGUCGUACAUACACGCAUGCCAUUGAUCCCAAGAUUAAUCACAAGAGAUUGACAGCUGAACAAACCAAGCGAAUUCAACAUCUGAACGACGUGGAAAAGGUGCAGGACUGGGACGAAAUUGCCAGACGAAUCAGUGUCGAUAAGAAUGGUCAACCGACUCUGCCACAUACAGCAUUUCAGUGCAUGAAACGUUACAUCACACAUGUGGCUCCUCCCCCAAAACCCGUGUGGACUAAAGAAAUGGACGAAAAACUCAAAACAGGAAUUCAAGAAAAUCCGGGACACUGGCGAAAGGUUGCUGCAUCGCUGAAUCAUGAGGGAAUUACGAAAAGGGUGGCACAGGAGCGGUACAAAAAGCUGAAUCCGUUCAUCAAAGUAGGACCGUUUUCUCGAACGGAAGACUGCUUGCUACUUCUAACCAUGCAACGUUUGAAACCUUUUCUCUGUGAUGAGGGACAUUUUGGCUAUUUGUUGCAUUAUCUUCCAUGGCGGUAUGAAACCACUUGGCGCGACCGUGCUACCAAUCUAUUCAACGAUUGGAUUGUCCCUUGGACUUUGGCGGAAGAUCGCUUGUUAAUGGAUUUGGCUGUAUCGAUGAAUCGCAACUGGCAAAAGAUUUCUAAACAAUUUUCUUCCUUCAAGAAUAGGAAAGGUUGUUUGACCCGCUUCAAAAUCUUGUCCCGUAAUUUGGAAGAUAAGAACUCUACACUGGAAGAGUACCACGAGGCGUAUUCAAUGACUCGCUACAAUGUGUUCCAAUAUCGACACUUGCCUGAAAUUGUGAGGAAGCUGACAGAAGUGAAGGAGAAAACGUUGCCAUCAGCCACUCCAUUUUGCUUCCCAGCGAAUCCUCAACAGCCCCCAACUGAGGAACAACUAGAACGUAUGAUGGAAAUGUUUAACAGGGACAUUCUACUGGCAACCAUCACCUCUCUGGACAAGUACAUACAAAGUCGAGAUGAAUACUGGGAGACUUGGAACGACGAAAAUGGCGUCAAGCAACGAACAUUUGAUCGAAGAACUUUCCGUCCUAGCAAUCCUCAAAGUGUGGCAUCUGCGAUUCAUAUUCGAGGCCUCAAGUUGAAACCGAAGGGAAGCUUUGACAACUUGAACGAUUUUGAGGAGGAGAUCUACGUCCAUUAUUCACGAUUUUCUCGCACAAAGUCCCUCAAGGCAGGCAUCAAGCGUCCCUACCUUCCUCCAGCGUCAUUUUUCUACAAGUGGAAAGACGUUGAACGCAUCAUUGAAGAACACGAUGAUCUUGCCGCCUUGGAGGAAGAAGAACAAGAGGCUGCCGAAGGUGUUCCACACUGCAGCAAGAAGUGGACCAGAUUGAUAAAAAACAGUAAUAAGAUGGAUCAAGACGAAGAUAGUGAUGACGAGGUGGAAUCAGAAACCGGUGAUGAUGACAGUGAUGACGAAAGCGAUGAUUCUGAAAAUUCUAAUGACGAAGAUGAUGCUGAAACUGCCAACAACAAUGAAGACGGCGAUGAUAGUGACAACGAGGUAGAUAAACUGGAAUACGAUGAUGACGAAAGCAUGGACUAUGAAAGCGAUGAUGCUGAAAAUGCAAAUCAUAAUAAUGCUGAAAAUUCCAACAAUGAGGGUGAUAAUAAUGCCAAUAACAGUGACGAUUCUUCUUCUGAUGAUGAUGAGAGUGGCUGGGUGACUGCUGAAGAUGGAGAAGAUGAUGAUGAAACAAUUGACGUCGAAGGUAUUUCGGACUAAGACAUUUAGACCAAGUCUGAUUUUUCGAACGACGAUUAUUAAUAAUCAUUACUAAUAUUCUUUUUAAAAAACUCAUUACAUUAUUACUUUAUAAUUAUUACUUGACAUGUUGUUACACUUUUUGCAUACAGCUCUGUAAUGUAGGUAAAAGUAAUAAAUUAAAUUACAUUCUUAUAAAAAUCAUUA